AUGUCCUGGCAGCAAAAUCAAUACCCGCCCCCUCAGGGCUACGGCGCUCCUCCCCCCAUGCCCCAGGGUGGCGGAUACGGCGCUUACCCUCCUCCGGGUGGACCCCCUCCUCCCCACGCUGGUGGCUACGGCGCUCCUCCUGCUCCCUACGCAGGCGGCUACGGCGCUCCUCCUGGUCCACCACCUCCUCAGCACGGCUACCCGCAGCAGCACCAUGGGCAUCACGGCCAUCACGCGCAUCCGCCUCCUCCCCAGCCUGGCUACGGCUAUGGCGCUCCUGCCCACGCUCCUCCUCCUCCUGCCGCAGCUGGUGCCUUUUACCUCGGCGUGCCCAUCCCACCGCCGCCUCCUCACCAGCCUGCACCACCUCCGCCCGGCUACAACGCCGCACAAGACGUAGAGAGGAUCCGCAAGGCCACCAAGGGCUUCGGCACCGACGAAGGCAGCCUCAUCGCCACCCUCGCUCCACUGGACGCCUUCCAGAUCGACGCGCUCCGUCACACGUUCAAGGCCACCGUCGGCAAGGACCUGCUCCAGGUGCUCGAAAAAGAGACUUCCGGCUGGUUCGAGGCCGCCCUCCGCGCAAAGGUGCUCGGCCCCGUCCUCUACGACUGCUGGCUCAUCAAGCGCGCCUGCCAGGGUGCCGGCACGCACGAGGACCUGCUCAACGAAGUCAUCCUCGGCAGGUCCAACUCGGAGAUACACAUCCUCAAACAGGCCUACCGCGCCACCUACGGCAAGGACCUCGAGCGCGUCGUCGAGGACGAGCUCUCGUUCAAGACAAAACGCAUGUUCACCAUGGCCAUGCAGGGCGUCCGUCAGGAGGACAACGUCCCCAUCAACCCGCAGGCGGUCGAUGCAGACGCUGCCGCCCUCCACAACGCUGCAAAGGGCGCGGGCACCGACGAGAUCGCCAUCUGCGGCAUCCUCAUCCAGCGCAGCACGCCCCACCUCGCCGCCGUCGCACAGGCCUACCACCGCCUCUACCGCAAGCACCUCUCUAGCAUGAUCGACUCCGAGUUCUCCGGACACAUGCGCGACGCACUCCGCUACAUUGUCGACGGCGUCGAAAACGACGGCCAGGGAGUCACCCGCGACGCUCGUCUGCUCGAGGACAGCAUGAAGGGCAUGGGCACCAAGGACGAACGUCUCGUCUACCGCGUCGCACGCCUCCACUGGAACAAGCACCGCUUCGAGGGCCAGAUCAAGCCCGCCUACGCCCAGCUCUUCCACAAAAAGGGCCUCAAGAACCGCGUAGAGGGCGAGACCAGCGGCGACUACAAGCGCAUGCUCAGCGCCAUGAUCGGCUCGUGA